AUGGCGAGUAGCAGUGGUUCUAAAGCCGAGUUCAUCGUCGGUGGGAAAUACAAGCUCGUAAGGAAAAUCGGAUCGGGAUCCUUCGGUGACAUUUAUCUGGCCAUCAACAUCACAAAUGGAGAGGAGGUAGCAGUAAAAUUGGAAUCACAGAAAGCCAGACAUCCACAGUUGCUAUACGAAAGCAAACUGUACAAAAUCUUACAAGGAGGAGUUGGUAUCCCACACAUAAGGUGGUAUGGCCAAGAGAAGGACUACAAUGUUCUAGUCAUGGACCUCCUGGGACCCAGUCUGGAGGACCUUUUCAACUUCUGCUCUCGGCGGUUUACCAUGAAGACAGUCCUUAUGCUGGCAGACCAGAUGAUCAGCAGAAUCGAGUAUGUGCACACAAAGAACUUCAUUCACAGAGAUAUCAAACCAGACAACUUUCUCAUGGGCAUCGGCCGUCAUUGUAAUAAGUUAUUCCUUAUCGACUUUGGCCUGGCAAAGAAGUACAGAGACAACCGGACGCGGCAGCACAUCCCAUACAGAGAAGACAAAAACCUGACCGGCACAGCUCGCUACGCCUCCAUCAACGCACACCUGGGCAUCGAACAGAGCCGGCGUGACGACAUGGAGUCUCUAGGAUAUGUGCUCAUGUACUUCAACAGAACCAGUCUGCCCUGGCAAGGUCUCAAGGCCGCCACAAAGAAGCAGAAGUACGAGAAGAUCUCUGAGAAGAAGAUGUCCACACCUGUGGAGGUCCUGUGUAAGGGCUUCCCUGCAGAGUUUGCCAUGUACCUGAACUACUGCCGUGGACUGCGCUUCGAAGAGGCCCCUGACUACAUGUACCUGCGCCAACUCUUCCGCAUUCUUUUCAGGACUCUGAACCAUCAAUACGACUACACGUUUGACUGGACCAUGCUGAAACAGAAAGCUGCCCAGCAGGGGGCCUCCUCAGGGGGCCAGGGCCCGCAGGCACAAACCCCCACAGGCAAGCAAACUGACAAACCCAAGCCUAACAUGAAAGGUUAG